AUGUCUCCUCCUUCCUUUCCAGUGAUCCUUUCUCAUUUGGCCCUUGCUAGUCUCUUCGGCUACACUGUUGCGGUCAGUGGCAGCCGCCUUGCUCCCGGUCAAAUCAAAACUCUGGUUGCUUUCGGUGAUUCAUACACUGAUACAACUGCAAUGGCAGACGGAGGAGCGACCUGGCCUACUUAUGCUGCAGGCUAUGCUAAUGUUUCUCUCUUCUCUUUUGCUAAAGCGGGCGCUACUUGUUCAAACAAUCUUACCUCUGUCCCGUUUCCUCCUGUAUUCGAGAGUCAGCUUCCUACAUACUUUGCGGAAUUGUCGAACGGUACGCUUCCAGACCUCCCUCCGGACGAAACAUUGUAUACAUUGUGGAUCGGGACCAACGAUGUUGGAUCAAGCGCACUUCUGACUGGUCAUGGUGCGCCGGGGGUCUCCCUGGUUGACACGGUCAGUUGUGCUGUCAACUGGGUGAAAACCAUGUAUGUUAGUGGUGCAAGGAACUUUUUGUUCCAGAACAUGGCACCCCUCCAAAACACGGUCCUCUACUCCGCCAAUUCCUACCCAAAUUUUUACUGGACUGAAGAGCGUAACACCACAGAAUGGAAUGUGUUCAUGUCUGAAAUGACUCGUGCGGGAAAUAAGUUGCAAGAACUCAUGCUUGAAGCUCUUGUGCCUUCGCUAAAGGAUGCACAUCUUGGGUUAUUUGAUUCAUACUCGCUAUUUGAAGACAUGAUAGCGAAUCCUGCCACGUAUUUGAACGGAACUGCAGCGUUGAACAUUACUGGCUGUGCACAUUCUUGCGUGUACCAGCUAAAUGAAUCGACGGCUGACACUGGAAUAUGCACUAUAGCCAAUGGUACAGAUCGUGAUAGUUUCCUGUGGUAUGAUGAACUGCAUCCGAGUGAACAGACAGAACGUAACAUUGCAAGGGAGAUUGCAGAAGUAAUUGAAGGAAAGCAAAAUCAAUGGACAAGGUGGUUAGCUUGA